AUGUUUAAACAAAUAAUUAUAUUUAUAGCUUUAAUACUUUUUAUUUUUAAUCAAUUGGAUAUAGUAUCAAGUUGUAGAUGUGAUUCAGAUUGUGAAGAUUGUAACGAAUGUACAUUAGAUACCUGCUCCCGUGGAUGUUGUUCAAAUAUUGAAAUAGAUUGUGCUGAUGAUAAUCCAUGUACCAAAGAUUCAUGUUCCAAAGAGACUGGUUGUAUUCAUGAAGAUAUUAAUUGUGAUGAUGGUGAUGCUUGUACAACUGAUUCAUGUUCUCAAUUAUCUGGUUGUUGUAAUUUACCAAUCUCUUGUGAUGCUUGUACAACCGAUUCUUGUUUAAAUUCCACUGGUUGUUGUAGUUUACCAAUCUCUUGUGAUGAUGGUGAUGCUUGUACAACUGAUUCAUGUUCAAAGAAAACUGGUUGCAGUAAUGUUCCAAUUGCAUGUGAUGAUGGCAAUGCUUGUACCAAUGAUGGUUGUUCAAAGGAAACUGGUUGCACUCAUUCUAAUAUCGAUUGUGAUGAUGGUGAUGCUUGUACAACUGAUUCAUGUUCAAAGAAAACUGGUUGCUGUAAUGUUCCAAUUGCUUGUGACGAUGGUAAUGCUUGUACCACUGAUGGCUGUUCCAAGGAAACUGGUUGCACACAUUCUAAUAUCGACUGUGAUGAUGGUGAUGCUUGCACUACUGAUUCAUGUUCUAAAAAGACUGGUUGCAGUAAUAUACCAAUGUCUUGUAAUGAUAAUGAUGCUUGCACAACCGAUUCAUGUUCAAACUCUACUGGUUGUUGUAAUUCCCCGAUUUCAUGCGAUGAUGAUCAUGCUUGUACCACCGAUAGUUGUUCUAAAGAAACUGGUUGUUGCAAUUCCCCAAUCUCUUGUGAUGAUGGUGAUUUGUGUACCACCGACAGUUGUUCUAAAGAAACUGGUUGUUGCCAUACUCCAGUUUCAUGCGAUGAUGGAGAAGAUUGUACAACUGACACUUGUUCAUCAAAAUUAGGAUGUGUUCAUACCUAUAUCACUAUUUCUCAACCAAAACCUGUUGAUUGUUGA